UCGUCUGGAGGAGGAGAGUUCCAACGGGAACAAUGGCUCUAGCGAUCUUGGCAAGAGCAACAAUGGAUUUGGAUUCGGACCAUCACGAGAGUGUUCUUCCGAGAUCCAGGAAGUCGCGAACGAUCACUAUGCCCGCUCCAGCUCCGCUAGCUCCGAGCCAUCGUGUUCUUACACCUCCCAGCAAGAACAAGGCGACGAGCUCCGGGCGCUUCCAAACGGCGACUCGAGCGAUUCGAUCUUUCGGAAGAUUGGAAGAGACGAUGGGCUCAUCGACAGCAGGCGCUCCGACUUGUUCCCCAGAUUCCUUCCCAUCCGCGAGGAAGAAGAAGACGAGGAUCAGCCUGUGCCGCGAAUGGAAGAUCAGCUCGCGAGAGCGUCCAACGUUAACGUGGACAACAACUCCUCGUCCAGGAGCCUCAACGCUUCCGGACGAUCGUGGCGGAAGAACUCGAUCAGCUCUUGGGAUGGAGAGGGCGACUACUACGACGAUGACCUCGGCAGCGACGAGCCCUGGGACGAGGACGACAUUGACGACGAUCAAAGGGAGCGGCAGCAGCAGCACCGACCCGAGCCUCUCAUCGUUUGCCAGGGAUUGGAUCACGCAAACACCAUGGGAUUGAACAAGACGAACUGCCGGAUCAAGAGCCUCAUGGACUGGCUCAUCGCUUCCAUGAGCUCGCUCUUCCACCACAUUCCCGGGAGCUCUAGUUCUUCCUUGAGUGCUCCUUCCACUGCGACGAAAAGGUGGCGGAGGAGACCGCUGGUGCAAAUCUUUGGACCCAAGGCACAGAUCGAUCGGGGGCCGGCCGUGGCGUUCAAUCUCUACGAUCAAAAGGGUGCGCUGAUCCAGCCGACAUUGGUCCAAAAGCUGGCGGAUCGGAGCUCCAUCUCUCUCGGCUGCGGCGUGCUCUCAAAUCUCUUCCUGGAGGAGGUGUGUGUGACGAGUGGGAGUGAUAAGGAGAACAAUGGCGGAGCUUCGUCGGCCAAGGCGGCACCGAGGAAGAAGAGAUUGCUGGCGGAGAAGUGCUCGAGCGUGUUUUCGGAUCACUCAGGCGGUGGAGCACACUCCGGGAGCAUGAAGAAGCUGGCGGAUCUUCCAGUGCUCACUGCGACGCUGGGCCUCGUCUCCAACUUCGAGGACGUCCAUCGGCUGUGGACGUUUGCUGCGAAGUUCUUGGAGCCCGAGUUCCUGACGGGGGAGCUCUUGCGCUAUCAGUCGCUGAAUCAAUCGAUCGUCUCGAUCGACGAGCAAGGAGAUCAAGCAGCAGCGGAUCGAUCUUCGUGAAAAGUUUUCGGGAUCAUUCUUCCGGGAGAGCAUGACUUAAGCAAGCAAAGAAGAGGAUGGCACAGAAAGCCCAUGAAGAGGAUUAAGGAUGGAUCGAUCCUCUUCAUGUGUUUUUCUGGAUCUUCUUCUUGACUUCCUUAGCUUGCAUCGCUAUAUCAGUCAACGACCCGAGUUAGUUAACUUUUGGUCAACGUUAAUUUUGAAUUUGGUCAACAUUAAUUUUUA